GGUAGGGGGGAAGAGGAAGAAAAGGGCUGGUGCAUUUGGCGUGCGGGGUGCCGGAGGGACGGGAGGAUGGUGCUGAUCAAAGAGUUCCGGGUCGUGCUGCCUUGCUCCGUAGAGGAGUAUCAGGUGGGGCAGUUAUUCUCUGUUGCUGAAGCCAGCAAGAACAACACUGGUGGCGGCGAAGGGAUUGAGGUGCUAAAAAAUGAACCUUACGAGCGUGAAGGGGAACGGGGGCAGUUCACCCACAAGAUCUACCACCUCCAGAGCAAAGUUCCUGGAUUCAUUAAGAUGUUCGCCCCUGAGGGGUCCCUAGUUGUUCACGAGAGAGCCUGGAAUGCCUAUCCCUAUUGUCGAACGGUUAUUACGAAUGAAUAUAUGAAGGAUGAUUUCUUCAUCAAAAUUGAAACCUGGCACAAACCGGAUUUAGGUGACCAAGACAAUGUCCACAGCCUCGAUGCAGAAACUUGGAAAGAUGUUGAGGUGGUCCAUAUAGAUGUCGCUGAUCGGACGCAAGUGUCAGAUGAUGAUUACAAGCCAGAUGAAGACCCGGCUCUUUUCAAAUCACUGAAGACGGGCAGAGGGCCUCUUGGUCCUGACUGGAAGCGGGAACUAGCCAACAAUGAAGAUUGCCCCCACAUGUGUGCCUACAAACUUGUGAGUGUGAAGUUCCGCUGGUGGGGUCUUCAAGGCCGAGUGGAAAAAUUUAUCCAAAAGCAAGAAAGACGCCUCUUUACCAACUUCCACAGGCAGCUAUUUUGCUGGUUGGACAAGUGGGUGGAUUUAACCAUGGCUGACAUUCGACGGAUGGAGGAAGAGACACAGAGGGAGCUUGAUGAGAUACGCCAGAAGGGCACUGUGAGAGGAAUGACUGCAGGGGACGAAUGAGCGUCCCCUAUUGCCUGGGCCGAGAAGUAACAAGGUGCAGUGCCCUUUCUGACCUGAGAUUGGACCUCUCUUCGUGGGACUCCGCUCUCCCUCCCCAUGCCACCUUGGGAGGGGAAGAUGGGCCCCCGUUCUUUUCCGUCCUUUUGGUCCGAAAAUACUGUAUUCAAAACUGACCCUGCUUCUGCCGGCACGGGAAACCCCCAGGAAACUGCCCUGCCCUUCUUACUGAUCAUGGAUUAAUAGGUGCCCCACCACCACAAGUGGGGCCUUAAAAGGGGGAGGCAAGGACCUUCCAGGGUGGGGUGGGGAUUUCUCUCUUAUUUUUGCCCUGCAGGAGCAGGGCUGCAUGACUAUUAAUAAGAUUAAUCUUAACAUUAUUUGAAAUUGGGGUAUUGGGGUAGGGAGGGGCUUUCUAUAGGCCAAAGGGAAAGGAAGAUCAGGAAUGCCUAAAUGGGGGGUGGGGAGGAAGAAAACGAGUGAAACUAUAAGGAGCAUCAUUUUUGCCUUCACUGUGGAUUUAAAAUGGUCUUUCAGAGAGGCAUGGAAGCGCUGCUUCAGCACCACAUUCAUUUCCUGGGAUUGUGGGGAACAGUGACCGUAGCAGUUUCAUUCUCGGUUCUUCCUGUGCCAUAGGGUGGAGUUAAAACGUGCCACUAAACUGACUUGUUUGUUUUAGGUAGCAAAGUUCAUCUGCCCUGUUUCCAAAGAAGGCCACAUGUGGCUAAAAUUUUCAGGGUCUGUUUCUUGACCCUUCAUUUCCUCCUUUUUAAAUGGCACUGAACUCUACUCCUAGGUUGUUGUUUUUUUAUUUUAAUCUUCUUUCCCCUGUCCCUCAUAUCCCAGUUGUGUUGGUGGGAAGGGCAUGUAAUUUCCCCCCACUUGGGAGAGUCACUCUGAAACAUUUCAGCAGCCCCUUUGGGACUUAAGUGAGGGGGGGAGUGGAGGCAUUUAAGGCCCAAUAGUGCAUUACUAAGGAUCUGAACAGUAUUUUUUUUAAGCAAGAAAAACACUGAAAUCUUUUUUUAAAAAAGUAAAACAAUAAAUAAACUUGAAGUUGA